GAUCUGCACAACACAGAGCACGAAGCCUAAGACUCGCAGUUAGAUGGCUUCGUCAAGCAUUCUCUCCCUCUCCUUCUUCUCCCUUCUUGUCACCCUCUCCCAUGCCGCCACCUUCGAGAUCGUGAACCGAUGCUCUGACACAGUGUGGGCCGCGGCCGUGCCCGGCGGCGGACGCCAGCUCAACCAGGGGCAGUCGUGGACCAUCAACGUGAAAGCGGGAACGACCGGCGGCCGCAUCUGGGGCCGCACCGGCUGCUCCUUCGACGGGAGCGGCCAUGGGCGGUGCCAGACGGGCGAUUGCGGCGGGUUGCUGGCGUGCACGGCGUACGGUAGCCCGCCCAACACCCUGGCGGAGUUCGCGCUCAACCAGUACAGCAACCACGACUACGUGGACAUCUCCCUGGUCGACGGCUUCAACGUGCCUAUGGACUUCAGCCCCACGUCGGGCGGCUGCCGCGGCAUGCGGUGCACGGCGGACAUCAAAGGGAAGUGCCCCACGGCACUGAAGGCGCCGGGCGGCUGCAACAACCCCUGCACCGUGUUCAAGACGGACCAGUACUGCUGCAACUCCGGCAGCUGCAAGCCGACCGAGUACUCCAAGUUCUUCAAGAGCAACUGCCCCGACGCCUACAGCUAUCCGAAGGACGAUCCGACGAGCCUCGUCGCCUGCCCCGGCGGCACCAACUACAGGGUUGUCUUCUGCCCUUGAGAUCACCGACGCCACUAAUAAGCCUCCCUCGUGUAGGCAACCACGCAGAUAUAUAUAUAUAUAGCAGUCUCCUACAACACAAAUAAGAUGUCAAGAGUGAUGGAAGGUAUUAGCCUUCUCUUGGGCUAAUACUGUUGAGUGAUGUAAUAGAAGUGGUGCAACUAACUAAUACGAUGCAUAAUUAUCACA